UUGGUCUUUCUUCUUUUUAGUCAAAAAAGCAUGCAACCGGAGAAUUCGGAGCUCUACAGUUUUCUUGCUCAAAACGGUGUUGGAAAUGGAUCCUCCUAUGGCUUUUCUUCUGCAAGUUCCGACUUUCAGAUUAUGCAAAGCUUUUCUAAUUCCUCCACCACGUACUUCCCGCUGGAGAUGUCUGGAGUUACCACCGAAACGACGCAGGAUAGAGCUCUUGCUGCUUUGAAGAAUCACAAAGAAGCUGAGAAAAGAAGGAGAGAAAGGAUUAACUCUCAUCUCAACAGGCUUAGGAGCCUUCUCCCUUGUAACUCUAAGGCAGACAAAGCUUCACUUCUAGCAACAGUGGUCCAACGCUUGAGAGAACUGAAACAACAAGCAGUUGAGAUAACUGAACUAGAGACCUUACCAUCCGAAACCGAUGAAAUCAGGGUUCUAUCAUGCGAUUAUUCGAGUGAUGGAACAUCAAUAUUCAAGGCUUCAUUGUGCUGUGAGGACAGGUCCGAUCUUUUACCGGAGCUAAUCCAGAUUCUAAACUCUCUCCAUUUGAAGACUCUGAGAGCCGAAAUGGCAACCUUGGGAGGAAGAAUCCGCAACGUUCUGGUUGUAGCUGCGGACAAAGAUCACGGCAUUGAAUCACUUCAUUUAUUGCAAAGCGCUUUGAAAUCUUUGCUCGAACGUUCCGAUGCAAGCGAUCGGUCUAAAAGGAAACGGGCAUAUGAUCACCAAAAUAAUGGUCCACUGAUGUCGUAGUCACUGUUUAAAAGUUUCAUCUUCA